AAUAAAUUACUGUUAAAUUUGAUUUCUUUUACUCUUCCUCUUUCUUCAAUUCUCACAUGGAUCUCCAAUUCAUUCGGUUGUUUUCGAGAUUCUUGUUUCUGUGCCUUUUGGUGUCCACUCUCCGUCUUCCCCACAGGAUAUGGGCAAAUGUCAGUACAGAAAAAGAGAAGACCUUGGCUAUGAUAAAACCAGAUGGAGUUGCUGGUAACUAUUCAGAUGUUAUAAAGACAGCCAUUUUUUAUUCUGGCUUUAGCAUAACCCAGGAAAUGCUGCUUGAGCUAAAUGAGGAAACUGUUCGAAGUUUUUAUGCAGAGCAUGCUACAAAGAGCUUCUUCCCAAGCCUUGUCCAAUACAUGUCAAGUGGUCCAGUGUUGAUAAUGGUUUUAGAAAAGGUGAAUGCUAUAUCUGACUGGCGUAAUUUGAUUGGACCAACAGAUGCAAAUAAAGCUAAGGUUACUCAUCCGAACAGCAUCAGAGCCAUGUGCGGGCUGGACUUACAAAGAAAUUGUGUUCAUGGUUCAGAUUCACCCCAAUCUGCUUAUAGAGAGAUAACUUUUUUCUUUAACAAGUCAUCUUCAGGAUAUGUUUCGAGACAUGAUGAACUGUAAAGUUUAAGCGGUCUAUGCUAAAAGUUAUACUAUUGAUACCUUAACACAUCUUACCAAUACAAGUCACUUAAUAUGGACCAUUGCAGUGCAUUUUUGGGUUAUGGGAAGCUGAGGCCGUCUGCAUCCCUUAUGAGAGGCCAUAUUAUAAACUUCUUGUUUCUUGUUUCACCAUUUUUGCCUCUCAUCUGGGUUUUUAAUUAGUUCUUUUGUUGAAAUACCAGAAAAGCUUGUCUGAUUUUAUCUGUAUACCAUUGGUUUGUAAAUAUAUAAAGACCUCUUUAAUAUGGCUCACGUGAACCAAGAAAUGCAUUUGUUCUUAUUAUGCACAUGCUUUUAGAGUGGGGGCAAUAAAUUUUCUACUAUAGAGGCGCACUCCUUUGAAAUA